AUGGCUCAGAGUUGGGACUACAUUGCCAAAAUCGUCUCGCUCGGCGAUUCCGGUUGUGGAAAGUCCAGUCUCACCAUAAGACUGUGCGAAGGACGCUUCUCUCCUCACCACGAUGUGACCAUCGGAGUCGAGUUUGGCAGCCGUAUUGUACCUGUCGGUCCGCCCGCUUCCUUGGCCCUCAAUGUGAAUAACCCCUCCGCCGAUGCCACUCCUGCCGAAACACCAUCCAACCAAGACUCGCAAAUCCAGAAGCACAUGAAACUAUCACUAUGGGACACUGCUGGUCAAGAGACAUACAAAUCAAUCACGCGAUCCUACUUCAGAGGUGCUAGCGGUGCUUUGUUGGUAUUUGACAUCACUCGCCGCGCAACCUUCGACUCCGUCACGGCAUGGUUGAAUGAUCUUCGCCAGAUAGCAGAGGAGAAUAUCAUCGUAGUCCUCGUUGGUAACAAGAGCGAUCUCGCUCCUGCAUCGACCGUUUCCGAAGGUAGCGCUUCCGAGAACAAGCGUCAAGUCACGCAGGAAGAGGCCGAGGCAUGGUGCAAAGAGAACAAGGUCAUGCAAUAUGUCGAGACCUCGGCAAAAAGUGGCGAGAACGUCGAGAGAGCAUUCCGUGAGGUUGCUGAGAGGAUAUACCAAAACAUUGAAGCCGGCAAAUACGACUUGAAUGACAGGCGAUCCGGCGUCAAAGGUCCCGGUGCAUCUUCUGGUGCCAACACUGCGAGAACCAUUAAUUUGGGUAUGAACGAUGCUGCUUCCGUACAAAAACGUGCCAAGCAGGGCGCAUGUUGCUGA